AUGGCCAUGGCCAAAUCUCUCCUCCUGCUAUCUCUUCUCGGCCUCGUCCACGCCCAGUCCUACUCGGGCUGUCACACCCACGGCAGCGUCGAGUACUGCUACGGCGCAGAUGGAAAGGAAACCCCCAUCUCCACGCAGGUUCCCGCUACCGCGACGGUUCCUGCAAGCACCGCCGCCAGCACAACCACCUCCGCACAGGCCUCCGCCGUGACGGGAUGCCACAGCCACGGCAGCGAGGUAUACUGUAUUGACGGGGAUGGACACGAGGUGCAAGUGGUACUGGCGUCAACGCCGACGGGAGAACUGCCAGCCCAGUACACGGGAUGCCAUUCGCAUGGCGGAGACACAUACUGCAUCGAUCCGGAGGGAAACGACGUACAGAUCAUUGAAGAGGAGAGUUCGACGGAAACUUUAUCUACCUCGAGCGAGGAAUCGCAGUCGGGGUCUUCGAAGGAGGGCAUGAACUGUCACUUCCACGCGGGUGUUGAACACUGCGUGGGCGCGGGAGAAUCCGAGAGCAAAAGUAGCAGUAGCUGUGGCCUCCGAAGCCGCGACUACGACGUCCCCCUGCGCAUCGGGACAUUGUUCGUCGUGCUAGCCACCAGCUCCAUCGGCGUGUUCCUGCCCAUGCUCCUGGUCAAAUUGCCCUUUGCAUCUCUGAACGGGGCCGUCUCAACGGUGAUCAAGCAGUUCGGAACGGGGGUCAUUCUCUCCACUGCUUUCGUGCAUCUCUACACCCACGCCAACCUCAUGUUCACCAACGAGUGCCUCGGCGAACUCGAAUACGAAGCCACCACCUCCGCCGUCGUCAUGGCAGGCAUCUUCCUCUCCUUCCUCUUCGAGUACAUCGGCCACCGCAUCAUCCUCGCCCGCGGGAAGCGGGCCCCCUGCCCCGAGCAGACCUGCGAAACCGCCCCGUCACCAUCACCCACAAGCAAGGAACCAACCCCCCACCAACCGCAGCAACAGCAACACACCCUCGCCGCCCUGGGCCACCAUCACGGGCCCCCGCUCGACCCCACAAACCCCAACACCAAGCUCUCCGUGUUCGUCAUGGAAGCCGGCGUGAUCUUCCACAGCAUCCUGAUCGGGCUCACCCUCGUGGUGGCGGGGGACUCGUUCUACAAGACGCUGCUGGUGGUGAUUGUGUUCCACCAGUUCUUCGAGGGGCUGGCGCUCGGGGCGCGGAUCGCGCUGCUUCCGGGACGGCUGUUGUCGUAUAAGGCGGUGAUGGCGGGUGCGUUUGCGGUGAUCACGCCGGUGGGGAUGGCGAUCGGGCUGGGCGUGCUGCAUUCGUUCAACGGGAACGAGAAGAGUACGCUUGUGGCGUUGGGGACGCUGGACGCGCUGUCUGCGGGGAUCCUGGUGUGGGUUGGGGUGGUCGAUAUGUGGGCUCGGGACUGGGUGAUGGAGGGAGGGGAGAUGAUGAAUGCCAGAGUGAGCAGAGUGGUUAUUGGGGGGGUCUCGCUGAUUGCGGGCAUGGUGUUGAUGGGGGUGUUGGGCAAGUGGGCUUAG